AUGCGACUCCCACCUGAGUCCUCACGCCGCCCCCGCUGCCCAACUCUCAAACCACCGCGGCGAGGCAAUCAACAUCCGGGUCCCGCCGCGCCAUUCGACGAGGACGUGACGCUAAGCAGGCGGCGGCGCACGCGCUCCGGAAGUGACCGCAAAGUAUUGGCAAGCGCCGGCUUCGUUCGCGCCGACUAG